AUGGCAGAUCAACAACCGCCACCGCCCAGUGGGCCAGAUGCUCCCGAUAAAGAGAAGAUGGAACAGAUUCGACGCCGCCGCAUGGAGAAGUUAUCUGGUUCCGCAACUUCGAGUUCUGAAAAGAUUCCCGACUCGGGCGCCGAUGCUGCAGCAUCUAUUUCUACUCCACCGCAAACUACAACGAAGGAUAAUGCUUCUUCAUCGGUUCAGCCGGUAGUUAAACCCGCGGUCAAUAUUAAACCAGCGAAUGCUACUCCUCCGCCAGCUGCAAAUCCCUUCGCAAAGUUGGGCGCACAAGCAAGCUCUAUUGGGAAUACAUCGUCUGUAAGAACUAAUCCUCCACAACAUGUUCUAGGCAAGCGAUCCAGAACUGAAUCAGAAAUACAGACAGCUUCGCGCCCAUCCACGCGCAAACCUAAUAUUACGGAAGAAUCUCUAGAAGCAUACGAGGAUCGAAUUCUCUCACACAUCUUUCGAGUUACUCUAGAUCCUAAUCAGCGCACAGAUGCGUCGAAUCAUAAACUUAUCUUUUUGCCAGAAUUGAGAAAAGAACUCGAGGAGGAAAACGCCGAGAUUAGAUUGUCGACUGGGAAACUUGAUAGUGCUAUUAUGGAAGCUUGCUCUUCAAUUCCACACAGUAAAUCCGUAUUUGAUUACCUAUUGCCAUGUUGGAAACGAAUCAUCAAGGCUUCCAAGGGAUUGCGGGGCUAUGCGGGGCAGAAGGAUGCGGUUCUUAAAGAAGCCAAACGCUUAUGUAUGAGCUAUUGCAUCUUUGCGGCCGAAAUGCCUGACAUUUUUCAACGAGAGCCCAAUGCAAAUACAGAUGUUCUUACUCCUUACUUUUUAUUGGAGCCUGGUGAAGACAAAGGUGUCUGUCCCGACUUCCUCGAGGAGGCUGUAUCUCGCUUCGGGGAGGAUGAUAUGGCAAAGUCUAUGAUCAUUAAAGCAUUUGUAGGCAUGAGUAGUCAGCUGUCCAACAUGACUAUGAACGACGUUUACAAACCCUAUAUUCAUGCUUUUAAAUUACUGACGCAGUUCAAUCCCAUCACGACAGCUAUUGCCGAAUCUCCACUAUUCCAAAUGGCUGUGUCAGCAAGUACCAUUGAGAGAUACACGCUACUUGGCCCCUUCUUCAGAAUAUCUCCUUUGCAACUGGAAGUUACUAAGGAGUAUUUUGGUUCACCGAAGACAAUGGACAAGCGACAUGUUGCCACAUCUCAGGAUGCGCUACGGUUGACAUUGCAAACUCACCAGAAGGAUUUACUUGAUAUCAUUAAUCAUUUUGUUCGAGCGAGUCCGAUUGCCAAGAACAAGACUUUGGAUUGGUUUGCCUACAUUGUGAAUCAAAAUCACAAGCGCCGAGCACUUCAGGUAGAUCCAAAAGAAGUCUCUUCUGAUGGUUUUAUGCACAACGUCACUGUGGUUUUAGAUGGUCUCUGCGAACCAUUUAUGGAUACCACAUUCUCUAAGAUCUCGAAGAUUGAUAUUGAUUACUUACGGCGUGAGCCUCGGGUAGAUAUUAAGGAUGAGACAAAGUUAAAUGCCGAUGAGAAAGCUUCUGAAAAAUACUACGAGGCAAAUGUUGCUGGUGCCUCUAAUUUCAUCUCUGAGGUCUUCUUUUUGACGUUGGCUGCCCAUCAUUAUGGUAGUGAAGCUCUUAAUGCCACACAUAAGAGUUUGGAGAAGGACAUUAAGUAUAUUCAAAAGCAAUAUGCUGCAAUCGAGGCAGAACGUGCUAAAAUUGCUCAGGAUCCUCGAGCUGCUGCUAUAAUUGAUCUGAGACUUAAGAGAAUUAAUGAGGUCUUAGAAAAUGCGAUGUCAAAGAGAAUGGCUAUUGAAGGUGUUCUUUCUGAUAAGCCUAUGCAAGCAAAGUCUUUGAUCUUCAUGAGAUACGUGACUGUCUGGCUUUUGAGAAUCGCCACGGAGUCUGAUUAUACCCCUAGCAAAACUAUUAAGUUGCCUUUGCCAUCAACACCGCCUGAAGCAUUUGAUUAUCUCCCGGAAUAUGUGCUUGAAGACAUCAUUACCAACUUUAACUUUAUCAUGCGAUUCAUCCCUGAUGUUAUGAUUUCAGCUGUUGGCGAUGAAAUCAUUGCACUCAGUAUUACUUUCUUGACAAAUUCUGAAUAUAUCAAAAACCCAUACCUGAAAGCAAAGCUUGUAUCAUUACUUUUUGCUGGUACAUGGCCAGUGUAUCAUCGUACGAAAGGUGUUUUGGGUGAUGUUUUGAUGGGGUCACAGUUCGCUAAUGAUCAUUUGCUCCAUGCAUUGCUUAAGUUUUAUAUUGAAUGUGAAUCCACUGGAGCACACACUCAAUUUUACGACAAAUUUAAUAUUCGAUACGAGAUUUUCCAAGUCAUCAAAUGCGUAUGGCCAAAUGAUGUUUAUAGGCAACGCUUGAUGCAAGAGAGCAAAACCAAUACAGAAUUCUUCUUGCGAUUCGUCAACCUUUUGCUGAAUGAUGCUACUUUUGUUCUAGAUGAGGCUCUUACAAAGUUUCCAAAGAUCCAUGAACUUCAAGUCGAACUCAGAAAAGAAGCAGAAGAACCUACCUUGAGUGCUGAGGAUCGAGAGAAGAAAGAAAAUGCGCUACGUGAGGCGGAAGGCCAAGCACAGUCCUACAUGCAAUUGACUAACGAGACUCUCGCUAUGAUGAAAUUAUUCUCUUCUACUUUGAGUGGCUCAUUUACCAUGCGGGAAAUCGUUGAUCGUGUUGCAGCGAUGCUCAACUACACACUUGAUACUAUUACUGGGAGUAAAUCAACGAACUUAAAGGUCGAGAAUUUGGAGAAAUAUCAAUUCAGACCACGAGCUUUCCUGAGCGAUUUUGUGGAAAUCUACAUUAACCUUGGGGUUUCUGAAUUAUUUGUGGAAGCUGUAGCUAGAGAUGGUCGUUCGUAUAAGCCAGAAAAUUUCGACAGCGCUUCCCGAAUUUUGACACGUUACGGACUCAAAUCUCCGGAGGAUCUGAAUGCUUGGGAACUUCUCAAAGCUCGAUUCAAGACAGCUAAGGAAAUUGAUGAUCAAGCUAAUCUUGACAUGGGUGAAAUUCCCGACGAAUUCCAAGAUCCGCUUUUGGCAGAACUUAUGGAAGAUCCGGUUAUGCUACCUAUUAGUAAACAGAUUGUGGAUAGAAGUACGAUUAAGAGUUAUCUGUUGAGUGAUGAGAAAGAUCCAUUCAAUCGUACGCCAUUGAAGAUUGAGGAUGUGAUUCCAGUUCCGGAAUUAGCUGAGAGAAUUAGAGUUUGGAAAGAGGAGAUUAAGGCGAAAAAGCGUGCGGAGAGAGCUGCGGCGGCAGAUGCGGCUUCGGGGGAUGUUAUGGAUACGUCGGCGUAG